UUCCAACACCUUUUUCCUCUCCAUCCAUUCCAAUCUCAUUUCCUUCAACUCAACUUCAAAUAAACAGUGAAGGGAAGGAACAAUGCCACCAAUCCGCGUCGGGUUUCUCGGCCUCUCCCAAUCCGGCUGGGCACCCGGUGCUCACCUCCCGUACCUGCAAGCCUCACCCGACUACGAAAUCGUCGCUAUCUGCAAUAGCUCUGUUGAAUCUUCUAAGAAGGCAAUAAAGUUGUACUCGUUGUCUGAUGCUACUAAAGCUUAUGGGGAUCCUGAAGAGCUUGCGAACGAUCCAAACAUUGAUUUAGUUGUGUGUAGUGUGAGGGUAGACAGACAUUUGAAGACGAUUAGUCCAGCUUUGAAAGCGGGCAAGGAUGUCUAUGUUGAAUGGCCUCUUGGCAAGAGUCUUGCUGAAGCGAAGGAACUGCUUCGUCUCAAAAACGAAGGAGGUGUGAAGAACGCUGUUGUGGGAUUGCAAGCACGACAAGCACCGCUUAUCAAGAAAGUUAAAGAGAUUAUUGAGAGUGGAAAGAUUGGCGAGGUGUUCAGUUCAACGUGGGUUGGGCAGGGAAGUGUGGGUGGCGAGGUGACGACGGAGGGAUAUGAGUACUUGACUAGAAGGGACGUGGGCGGGAAUUUGGUGACGAUUCACUUUGGACAUGCGAUCGACUUCGUGCAAUCCGUGCUGGGAUACGGCUUCCAAGCUCCUCCGAAGACGUUGCUUGCCAACCGACGGAAAUUUCAGAAAAUACUUGGCAGCGAUGGGAAAGUGAUUGACGAAAAACGCCCAAAGACUUCAGACGACACCAUCUUCCUACACGGUACCGUCUCCUCCGGCAUUCCGCUCUCCUUCUCCCUCCGGGGCGGCAAACCCUUCCCUGGUAUCCCAGGCAUGGACUGGACGAUCCACGGUGAAAAGGGGACGAUUCGCAUCACGUCCCCGACACCGUUUGUGCAAAUCGGGUAUGAAGGGAUGAAAAUUGAGGUUCAGGAUGGAGAGGGAGAGAAGGUUGAGGUUGCGGAAAUUGUGGGCGAUGAGUUUGAUGGGUUUAAGCAUCCGGCGAGGAAUGUGGGACGGUUGUACAAGGGGUUGAAGAACAGGGAGAUUAAUUGUAGUUUUGAGGAUGCGGUGGACAGGCAUGCGUUGAUUGAGGAGAUAUAUCGGGAGAACGGAAUCCAGGAGUAGAGAGGUUAGAUGAGACAACAAGCCAACUGGCGAAAAUGUCAGCUGUGACUUCCUUAAAUGUAAUGAUGUUCUUGAUGAAUUUCAAACUAGAAUGUUGAGAAUUUAG